GCGCGUCCUGGCUCGGUCAACAAUUUCACACCCUGCUGGAAUACUCGAAGCCGGUCCUCAUUUGUCUUGUCAGUGUAAACGAGUACAAAGUGAAAGGUGAAGUUAGGGGUCGACGUCAUCAAAACUGUGGAUAUUCUGGCCCCGGAGAACGUCACGCUAGAAGCGCGUCUAGCGUUGCAGCAAGCGUUCAGUGUCUCGUUAUUCCACUGUGGAAACUGCCUACCAUUUAAAUUACACGCUAGCUGUUCGGUCUGCAACAAGACAUGGCUGCAGCUGACCAAGAUUCUGCUGCAAUGAAGGACCGUAUCCUAGACGCGCUUGUAAAAGCUCCUACCCCAUUACGGGCACUCGAUGUAGCCAGAUUGCUUGGUACAACGACUAAGAAACAAGUAAACAAAUAUCUCUACGAGUUGGAAAACAUCGGUAAAGUAAGAAAGUCGUCGGAAACACCACCCAGGUGGACACAUAUUACAAGAACUGAUACCGACGACUCUGUAUCAGACAUGAGCUCUUCCUCCACCGCUCAGAAAUCAGCAAAAUAUGUGUUGAUCGAACACUCCACCCGGAUAUCAGAGUUGCCCUACGGUUUCUUUGAAGCUGCGAGUCUUCUCAGCAUUGGUACCACUCCAGGUACAAGUUGGGAGAAGUUUGCAGGGGAACUGGGAUUUUCUCUAGAAGACAUAGCUUUGUUCAGGGGACAAACCAAUCCAGUCAAAGAGGUAAUAACUAACUGGCAAACGCAGAAAAGUGCAACGUUUGAAAACUUCGUUGCCAUCAUGAAAAAAAUGAACAGACAAGACGUUCUUUGCAAACUGACUGAAACUUUGGGUGAUCAGAUGUCUUCGGAUGUGAAGGAGCUGCUCAAAGAUACGAAAUCAGAAGACCGUGCCUCUGAAGAAGAAAAGCCAGAAAACUAAAAGCAUUGAAUUCUUUUCAUUUACUGAGGAACAGGUGUAUCUACCUAUGUUGAUUGGUUGGCAUUGUUAUUAUUGUUACCCAAUAAAAUGCAAAUGAAAAUGUUAUGUUUUGUCAAUGUUAAUUAAAGUAAAUGAUUA